CUCACAUAACCCACUUUUGGUCAUUUUUGGUUUCGAUUUAUUUUGUUCUAGUUUUGAAAUAUUUGUCUGGGCUCCCGAUCUAUUUUGAGCUAGCUAACAUAGACGAAAAGACUGAAGAACGCGUUAAAUAAUGGUGUCAUAGUUGAACCUGUAGAGGGCGAGCGUCUUCGAAUAAAUGGAGUUGAAGGUCUGGGUCGAGGGGAUACAAAGGAUUGUUUGUGGGGUUACGGAGACCACCACUUGUCAGGAUGUAGUGUUUGCUCUGGCGCAUGCCACGGGCAAAGUGGGAAGAUUUACACUAAUAGAACGAUGGAGAAACAACGAACGUCUCCUUGCUCCUCAAGAGUUCCCUCUAAAGAUUCUAAUGAAAUGGGGUGAAUAUGCUAAUGACAUUCAGUUUAUUUUAAGAAGAUCUGAACCAAAUCCCAACCCCAGUAAUGUGCCGAAACCAGCCCAGCCUAACAAUUCAAGAUCUCCAGUUGCUAAUGGAAGUAAUAACACCUCAAAUCAAAAUGCACAAGAAUCUCAAAGUUCACCGAGCAGAAUGAACACAACACCCACCUUUGUAAAUAACACCUCGCCCGGGAACCCUGUGGGAGUAGUGAAGGGUGUCCAACAAAACAAAACCCCCGAGUCCAUCAGUCCCGUGCUGAAAGACGUCCCACCUUAUAGAGAACCACCGCCCCCAUAUCGGUCUCCGCCACCACCGUCGCAGGCCCUCCGGAAAUCUCCCAACCGAGCUCACAUACAGUCACAUGUCUCCCCGGUAAACCUGCCCGAGGAAGAGCACAAGGAGCCGGUCAGCUACAACAACCAGUACAGAGAGCUCGUGUCGCUUGUCAAUUACCAGAGAGAGAAGCUGUCAAGCCAGCAGGUUGAUUUGAUAAAGUUUGAUGCCGAAAUUGGUUUCUGGGAGAACAAGGGGAGAGAGCAGGAGAGACAGGUAGAACUACUGCAGCAGCAGAUCACAUCCACAGACAACCAGCUACGGAUAAGCACAGAGCAGGCGCAAGCGUUAAACUAUUUAGAGGAAGAGGCUGAAUUAGUGAAGCAGAAUGAGAAAACAAUUAAGUCUGAGAUAGUCCUAGUGCGGUCCAAGCUGGCAAACUGUGAGACCGAGCUGCUGCAGUGCAAGAACAAGAUACGGAAACUGAUGGAGGAUAUACACAACGAGCAGAGAAUAAUCAGCAGUCGCCAGCAAGAAAAUAGACAAGCACUGGAGAGAUCUAUGUUGGCCGAAAUGGAGAAUCUACAAACUCAAAUACAACAAGCGAAACAUGCCACCGAAAUAAAUCAUCUUACAGCUGAAAGUCUGAAACGAGAGGUUGGUGUAUUGGAGAACGCCAUAAUGGAGAAGAAACGCCAGGUGGAGAGGCUAGUGCAGGAGAUGAAGGAGGCCAACCUGCAGAGCCUCACCGGCAGCCUCGACGAGCUCAGACAUCCGCUUGAUGGUAUGUGUAAAGCGGGCAGUGCCAGAAGAAUCAUUGGUUCACCGAGACAGUUGGAGAAUGCAGCACCCACUAAUAAAAAUCCACAUGGAGUGUGGGUAUAAUUGGUGUAAAUUAUAUUAAGAGGCAUUUAAGUAUAAAAAGUAUAUAUUA